CUUCAGACACUUAAUGGUAUUGAUAUGAAAGCCACUCUAUCUGUUGUCAAGCACACAUUAAGAAUGAAUCGACCAACUUUUGAAAGAACAACGCGAAUUGGGUCCGUGAUUCUUUUCCUGAUAUGCCUGCACGAACUUUGAGUACUCGAACGAGUACUCCAGGAGCAGCUAGGGAAUUAAUAUCACGACAACGAGCUACGCCGGGGGCUCCACCUUGGAAUGAUAAACAAGUGAAGCUGCUACAAGAUGCCGUGGGAAAUAGAUAGAACCAAGCCGAAAGAUACCAACCAUCUUCUGCCUCAGCGAUCUGUAAGCGCAAUCCAUGUGAAAAUGGGAGAGCUUAGAAAGAAGGUUAGAAAGGAAACUAGUGAUCCUCUGAAGGCAUAUCAAAACUCUCCGUCAGAAAUCGACUGUUGAUUCAGGUAUCCAUCAGCGUUCGUAUAGAUGUGCAUUGAUGGAUAGUGUGAAAGCAGCAGCCAAUCCUGCCACAACGUGGGAGGGCAGAAAGCAGCAUUGUUUUCCACAAGUUCUGGGCAAUCCAUGAUACGCGAGGUCGAAAAUCCACCCAGACAUCCACAUAUGGUAUCUUGACAACACCUCAACGCGGAGGCGAGGAAGUAAGCCGUCGGCGGCGCCAAUCUGGGGUGAAAAUCAAGGAAAAUAUCCUGGCAGUUGCAGAUUGGAGGGUCGAUUUGAGUCAAGUCGAGUCAAUGUUGAUGGGAAAACUCGGAGGGACAUUUCGACCGUGGGUGACAACGG